CAUGGCAAGAGCAAAAUACACUUGAGUAAAAAAAGAAACGUCCAUAAUGCUGACAGCUUCUUCGUUAAUGAGGUGUUUUUUUGCCACUGAGACCUAUAUUAAGAGUAAAUAACCAUGAAAGUCUUCACCCCUGUGCUAGUCUUUAAAAAAUUACCCUCUGGGAAAGGCAGAGACAAAUUCAGCAUUCAGUGUUUGGAGUGUUUUGGUAAAAACCUCUAUAUAGGGACCAAAGAGGGAGUCGUUGAGUACCUCACUGUAAAUAACACGAGCGCUGAAGAAAGCCUUUCAGUGAGGGAGGUGGGGAAGAGACAGAUGGGCCGAAGCGGAGCAAUCGGCCAGCUGACGACGGUCCCUGUUCUGAAUCAUCUCUUAGUUCUCUGGGACGGUUCGGUUAUGGUGCUUAACAUGUUCUCCCUGGAACUCAUUCCUGCCCUGAAGAAAAUACAGAAUGUGUCACUCUUCUAUGUCAGUGAGUCAGCGCUUCAGACUGAUUCUGUCGAGCUCAUUGUAGCUUCGACCAAGAGGAAAACAGUCAGUGUUUAUAAGGUGUAUGUGGACAGAUGGGAGUGUGUGAGACAGGUGGCUCUGCCGCAGGAACCUGUGGUUCUGGCUGCGCAUGGGACGUGUCUGUGUGUGGCCACUUGUGACAGAUAUUUUCUCCAUGAUUAUCAGAGCCAAACCACCCUCGAUCUUUUCCCACAUAACCUGGGAAAGCAAAAUAUAAUUGCCAACAAAUGUGGAAAAGGAGAAUUCAUUUUAAAUGGGCCUGGAUCUUUGGGCAUGUUUGUGAUGAAGAAUGGCACUUCCCAGCAUCCUCCUGUACAGUGGCCUGAUGGCGUGGUGGACGCUGCAGUUCAUUUCCCAUAUGUGCUUGCUCUACAAAAUCAGACUGUUCAUAUCUACAGCAUUCUGGACCAACAGCUGAAGCAAACUGUCCCUUUACAAAGUGCCAAAUCUCUCGUCUCAACAGAAGAAAGCAUUUUUGUUGUUGCUGACAAAGAGAUUCAUCGGCUGUCACCAGUUCCUUUGGAGGACCAGAUUCAAGAGCUGGUUAAGAGUCAAAGAGUUGAUGAAGCCCUGACACUGCUGGACAGGCUUCAAGACCUUUUGCCAAAAGAUUCAUAUAAGGAUCUACACAAGAAUGUUAUCUGUACAUCUGGAUUGAUAAAGUUCUACAGAGAGGCUUUUGUGGAAGCAAAAGAGCUUUUUAUUAAAGGUGAACUAGACCCGAGGGAAAUCAUUAGCCUUUAUCCAGCUAUGCCUGUUAUGAGUGAAGACUUUACACCUCAGACAACAGCAGUCAGCAAUGCCAAGGACCUGUGGACGUUAAGUCGAGGCGACUGGCCGACGUUUCAACAAUACCUAAGCUUUUUGGACGACUUCUUGAGAGAAGUCAGGCCAACGAGUCAGGGCCAAAUGUGUCCUCAGGACAUUGACUCAGCACUUUUUAAGCUGUAUUUGGAACAAGGUGAAUAUGAAAAACUGGACCAGCUUGUGUCGUCGCAGAAUAGCUGUAACCUCCAAAUGUGUGUGCCUGACUUAGAAGACCACAAAAGGUUUUUCACUCUUGGAUUGCUCUAUCAAAGUCAAGGCCAGCAUUUCAAUGCAAUUCAGACCUGGGUUAAAAUUGUGGAGGAGCAAAGCGAGGACCCAUCACACAUCAACGUAUUCCAGCAUAUAGUUAAUACGCUCUCAAAUCUGGAACAUAAACCCAUCAUCUGGAAAUUUGUAGAUUGGGUUCUUCAGAGAGACCAAAAGGCUGGAAUACUGAUUUUUACAAAGACGCGUACAAGCAGCCAUGUGACAUUUGCACCGGAGGAAGUCCUCACUAUUCUCACCACCUACCCAGUUGCUAUGACUCUGUACUUGGAAUAUUUAGUCAAUGAAUUACACAGCAAGGAGGAAAAGCAUCAUACCAUGCUCAUCACAUCAUAUAUCAAACAGAUAUUGCAUUCAGCUGAGGAUGACUACAACAAUGAAGCAAGCAGGGAAGAGAUUAGACAUAAACUACAACAAUUACUUUGGCAAUCUUCUUUCUAUAAUGCGUACGCCAUACAUGACCAAAUACCACCCUUGCUUCUUCAUGUGGAGAGAGCAAUUUUGCUUGGGAAGUCUGGUAAACACAAAAAGGCCCUGCAGGUUUUGGUCCAUGAGGAAAAAGACCAGCAGGCUGCUGAAAACUACUGUUGGAGGACCUCUGCUGGACAAGACAGGAAGUUCACGCAGGGAAUGUUUCUCACCCUGCUUCAAAUCUACAUCGAGUCCAGACACCAUGUGAUCGCGGCAGUGGAUCUGCUGAACCAAAAUGCAGCGUGUUUUGAUUUAGUCAGUGUGUUGAGGGUGCUGCCGGACUCCUGGUCUCUGAAACUGGUGCUGCGGUUCCUCUGUGAAUCACUGAGAGGAACAGUACAUGAGAAAAGAAUGAAAGGUCUGGAGAUGAGCCUAGCCAAGGUGGAAACCCUAAGACACAAGCAUGUCUGGAUGGAAACAACGCAUGAAAAAAUCAGAGUUGACAGAGGAUUUGUUUGCCAUUCAUGCCAGAGAUGUCUCACAGGGCCUGAGUUUCUGCGCAGGCCAACAGGAGAGCUGACACACAUAUCCUGUCAUGGUGGAGAAAGCGGUCACUAAACAACAAAGACACUAUUAUUCAUACCUAUUCACAUUUUCACUCUCAGCAGAUGCUGUUUUACUAGGUAGCCUACAAUAAAGACAGUAAUUACUUGGACGGUAAGACAACUACUAGCACAAACUACAGCAAGACACCAACAAAGCAGGCCACAAACACGUGCGGGACACCCACAACAAAAGCAUUUAUACUACACCACAAUGUUGCAGGGACGAUACUGUACAAUUGAAUGCGUACUGGACAGACUACAAUGCGAGUAAGAAUAUAAUAAAUAAAAGUAUAUUAUAAUGUGAGUUGUAGACUUGUGAAUUGUGAGGAGAAAAAGAUUUUGUUCAGAUCUUUGUUCAUAUCUCACAAUUUUUUCUCAGAAUUGCAAGAAACAAAGUCUGAAUUGUUUUUGAAAAAUGUCUCUUAUUUGAUUAGAAAUUACAGAAAAAUUGUUAAUGUUGUGAAAUAUUAUUACAAUUUAAAAUAACUUUGAAUUGCUCUAUUUUAAUAUAUUUUAAAAUUAUUCCUGUGAUGCAAAGCUGAAUUUUCAGCAUCCAUUUCUCCAAUCUUUAGUGUCACAUGAUCCUUCAGAAAUCAUUCUGAUAUGCCGAUGCUCGUUAUUAUUAAUGCUGAAAUCAGCUUAAUAUUUUUAUAGAAAACUUGAUACGUUUUUUUAAAUUCUUUGAAGUGAUCAGAAGUACAGCAUUUAUUUAAAAUAAAAACAUAUUUUGUAACAUUAUAAAAGUCUUUACUGUCACUUUUGAUCAAUUUAAAGCAUCCUUGCUUAAUAAAAGUGUUAAUAUCUUUCAAAUGAAAUGAAUUACAAUAUUUUUCCUCUGUAACAUUUUAAGUAAAGCCUUUAUGUACAAUGCAUUAUAAAUGGUUAUUAAAGGGUAUAAUGCAUUAUAAUUAUUCAUAAUGUGCACUGUGAUACAUCAUGUUGUUGUAAAUAAUUAUAACCAAAUUUAAAAUUCAUAGCUUAACAAUGAGGUUAACAAUGUGGUUAUAAUUAUUCAAGAGAUUGUACAAUUCAUUAUAACAUGCAUUACAUGGUACUGCAUUAUAAAAGCAGUAUCAAAUGCUCACUGAUGCUUUAGAAGGAAACAUAAUGCAUUAAGAGCCGGGGGGUGAAAACUUUUGAAAUUUCGAAGAUCAGGGUAAAUUUCACUUAUUUUGUCUUCUGGGAAACAUGUAAGUAUCUGCUGUAGCUUCUGAAGGACAGUACUAAAUGAAAAAAUAUGAUACUUAGGCAAGAUAAGAAAAAUGUACACAUCUUCAUUCUGUUCAAAAGUUUUCACCCCCACCAGCUGUUAAUGCAUCAUAUUUCUUUCUGAAGCAUCAGUGAGUGUUUGAACCUUCUAUAAUAGUUACAUAGGAGUCCCUCAGUUGUCCUCAGUGUGAAAAGAUGGACCUCAAAAUUAUACAGUCAUUACUGGAAAGGUUCAAAUGCACAAAAAAGCUGAAAAACCAAAGAUUAUGUGGGACCUGAAGAAUUUUUCUGAAGAAGAGCAGGCAGUUUAACUGUUCAAGACAAACAAUGGACUCAUGAACAACUAUCACCAAACAAAAAAACAUGACAGCUGUGGAUGAUUCAGGUAACAACACAGUAUUAAGAAUCAUGCGUAUGUAAACUUUUGUACGGGGUCAUUUUUAUAAAUUCAACUAUUAUUUUCUCUUGUGGACUAUAUGUAAAUGUCUUUUAUAUGAAAUAUCUUACUCAGGUUAGUAAUAAAUAAAAAAUAACAUGCAUUUUGUAUUAUCCCUCUUAUUUUGGUAAAACACUUAACAUUUUGCAGAUUAUGCAAGGAGUAUGUAAACUUUUGACCUCGACUGUAAA